CUGAGCCUGCGGUGCGGUGUUAACAAAUCAAGAUGGCGGACCAUUUUGAUGAGCGUAGUGGAGUGGUUCCGUGUAAGACGUCUUGGGGCUCAUGGGCGCAGACGAUAGACGAAAUCUUCAUUGAAGUAGACUUGCCUGAGGGAACGCGAGGCAAGGAUGUCAAAUGCGUUAUUAAACCGACUCAUAUCUCAUGCGUUGUCAAAGGAAACGAGGUCUUCAAGGGUGAGAUGGGAGGAAAGGUGUUACCCAAUGACAGUACAUGGACAAUUGAGGAUAAGAAGCUUCUUCGUAUUGUUCUUGUCAAGUCUGGAAGGGAUGCUGCAAACUGUUGGAAGUCGCUUCUUUCAGACCAGUACUUGGCAGACCCUUGGGUAUUCAACGAAAUGGAGAAAAAGCUCACUCUUGAAAGAUUUCAAAAAGAGAAUCCUGGGUUUGACUUCAGUGGUGCUGAGGUGACUGGUAACUACUCUGGUGGAGGACCUAAAUUUCCAUCAUACAGCUGACACAAUGCUGCACAUGGAGUAUCUUUGCUAUUUACCAACAGCUGAUUCAAAUACAGCAAAAGAUUUUGAACCUAAACUAUGUACCAAUAGCUGAUCCAAAUACAGAAGGUGUGAGUCUAAAUUGUGUACCUAAAACUGACACUAUACUACAAAAGAGACAAGCCUAAAUUGCGUAAACAUCUAAUGCAACACUACAGGAUACUUGAACCUAAAUUACGUACAUACAACUAAUGCAAUGCUAUAGGAGAUGUUAACCUAAAUUGUGUACAUAUAGCUUAUUCAAUGCCACAAGAGAUUUCAACCUAAAUUAGGUAACUUCAGCUGGCACCUGGCUACAAAAGAGACAAGCCUAAAUUGCGUAAACAUCUAAUGCAACGCUACAGGAUACUUGAACCUAAAUUACCUACAUACAGCUAAUACAAUGCUAUAGGAGAUGUUAACCUAAAUUGUGUACAUAUAGCCUUUUCAAUGCCACAAGAGAUUUUAACCUAAAUUAGGUAACUUCAGCUGGCACCUGGCUACAAAAGGGACAAGCCUAAAUUUCGUAAACAGCUAAUGCACAUUACAGGAAAUUUGAACCUAAAUUAUGUACAAACAGCUAAUGCCAUGCUAUAGGAGAUUUGAACCUUUAUUAUAUACUUACAAGCUAAUGUGAUUUUAUAGGAGAUUUGAACCCUAAACUAAGUACGGCCAAUGUGAGAUUUCAAAAAAUAACUUUUGUGAUUCAUAAAAUUGUAAAAAAGUGAUUGCCACAGAGCGAAGGCAACUUCUGGCUGUGCAUGCAUGAUGGGUUUAAAUUGAUUAGCAUAAUUCCCCCCCCCUAUAAAGAAAAACGUGAAAAAGGGCCUUCCUCUAAUAAGCACCUUAAUGUUUUGCUCUUUAUAGACUUUAAUGAAACGGUUUUUUAAUUUAAAAUAUAUAUAUAUGAAAAUAAGGGCACUGAUGCUUAUUUUAGCAAUUACUGUUACUGACAAUUAUUGUCAGUUUUUAGGAAUUCUAUGAGAGAAUAAAAUUAUUUUUUCUCUGGAUAUCUAGCCUUUACAUCUGAAACAUUGAAAAUUGUUUAAAUGAAUUAUGUCUUGGAUGCUGAUUGAUUGCUCAUCAUUGAACGUCAGCUGUCAACCUCGCUUUAGGGAAAAAUCUUAAGAAAAUACAGUAAAUGUAUCAGAAGUACCAAGAUAGCUGCUAAUGCGUGAGAAUACAGUAAAUAUCUGGAUAUUUUCAAGAAUAUUAGGCUUGAGAAAAGUUUAAAAAAUUCUUGAGACUCUCGCCUAGUGCGGGAGAGUUGACAGCUUUGGAAUAUAGUGGUGUGAUUUCAAACCACUUUAAAAGUAGUAUUGAACAUUGGUUGAUCCAGGAAUUUCCAAAGUCUAAUAUAAGUCACUUUAAUUACAUCCGGAGAUUUUUGGGGCCCUCUAAACGCAGUUGUACUAUUUCAUAUUGUUGCAACUUUUGUUACAACUAUUUCAUAUUUUCCAUGCACAAAUCAUGUUCGGUUAGUGAAUCAAUUUCUUGUCAACAUACACCUCAAAACAAUCUAGGUGUCUACAAAACGAAGAAAUAAAACCUGUGACCCCAAAAGCUACGACCCCCAAAAUAUUGGCGUUAUUAUUUAGCCUACCUUGUUUCCCCACAGAGAGCCCACUCAACUCAGUGCAUUGUUUAUUUAGCAUGUGCUUUAAACUUGGUUUAUGAAUGUCAAUUAGGUCACGAAGUUCUCAAUAAAACUCCUUCCAGAUA